AUGACGGGUACUUCCAUGGCAUGCCCUCAUGUGAGCGGAUUGGCUUCCCUGCUUCGAAAUGCAUUUCCUAACUGGUCUCCUGCUGCGAUCAAAUCGGCUUUGCUGACAACUGCUUAUGUUGUUGAUAAUUCAGGUAAAUAUAUUGCAGCUAUUAGUGUUGCUGCUAAUGCAAAAUUUUCAACACCAUUCCAACAAGGGUCUGGACAUGUAGACCCAAACAAAGCUCUAAACCCAGGUUUGGUAUACGAUAUUGCACCUAGUGAUUACGAAGCUUUUCUUUGCACGAUUGGGUACAGCGAAACACAGAUGAAACUGUUUGUCAAGGAUAGAACGGUUGACUGUGAUUCCGUCAAGUUAUCCAGUGUAGGUGAUCUUAACUAUUCUUCAUUUUCUGUUGUUUUUGAAUCUGGAAAAACUCAAAAGAUUAAGUACAAGAGGGUGGUUACAAAUGUUGGAGCUUCAGCAGAUGCAAUUUACAAACUCAGAUUUAGAUCUGGAACACCACAUGUCAAGAUCAGUGUUUCGCCAACUAAAUUCGUGUUUAGCAAGGGAGUAACGAGUUUGGCUUAUGAAAUCACAUUCGAGUCGAGACCCACGGAUCUUAAGGAGGCAUUCGGGUCUAUUGAGUGGUAUGAUGGAGAGCAUGUUGUAUGGAGUCCCAUUGCUUUUGUCUGGGAUCCGUGGAGGCAUUCGGGUCUACAGCAGAUCGCCAGCUUGUAG